UUUUAUUUUGGUGAAGCCUGACGCCCCCGCCCCCGCCCCCGCCUAGCCCGACGCCACGCCUCCGCUAUCGCCGCUCUCUACACGCUCCUCGCCCCCGCUAUAGCCACCUCAAUGGAAGGUCCUUUGUACCAUUCGCCGCCCUCUGUACCAUUCGCCGCUCUCUACGCGCCGUGGAUCCGCCACCUCAACUCCUCCCAUUACCGCGCCCGCGCCAUCAAAAUCUGCCGCAGAUCUCCUCUCCCCAUUACCGCGGUCCAUGGAUUUCUCGAGUCAGUGGGAGGUCUGCCAUCCAUGGAAGGUCCGCCACCUCCUCCUUGGCCCGCGGCAAAAAUGGCGUGGGAGCCAGAUCUCCUCUCCCAUUACCGCGCCCGCAUGAUAUGGAAGGUCCCAGAUAUUCUCUCCCCAUUACCACGGUCCAUGGAUUUCUCGACCUCGGCUACGGAGGCGGCGACAUUAUGAGCGCCGAGGUGCUACACUUCCACCCCAACGUGCUUCUUGACCAGGGCGGCUUCGGGUUCGGCCUCAGCAACGUGGCGGUCGACGGCGGAUCUGGGCGCGCACUACGAGGCGAACAACAACGUGCUGGCCUCCUUCGCCAGCCAGCUCCUCGCUAACGCCCCCGCGCUGCCAUGGGAUGAUCGUGCCGGCGGGAGGACGCCGUCAGACGAGAUGGACGACGAGCUAUACGGUGUCGCCGGCUGCGACAGCCACGUCGUGGCGAGCUUGCGGUGCCCCAGCCAAUCCAGGGCCAUGGCGGUCUGGUCGUCAUCCAAGAAGUCGUACGAUAUCUGUACCAGCGCCGGCGGAUCAGUAACCGUGCCGGCCCAUGACACAUACCACCUCGCCGGGGCCGGGCUCUCCAACGAGGGAGGCCUCCACUACCCGCUCGCCGCCUGCAGUGGAGCCAACGCGUCCGCGGUGGCGACGAGGGAGUUGUCGCUGACGCUGUGCUCCAACUCCAUCGCUUCCUCGAACAGCACGCUAAACACGACGGAGCUAAGACUGGAGGAAGCUAAGUCUCUUGCAGAAAAGCUUUGUGAUGGCCCUCUUUCAAGUGCUGCAAAUUUGUGGAUCCUGAGAGCUUCUAUGGAGAUAAAUUCGUUGGCGACUGCUUCUGGCAGCUCUCCAUUGAAUAAGGAGAACUUGAGCUCUCUGUUUGAUCUGUUUGGCACAUGUCGACACAGAUUGCUUGCUUUACCUCGGCCAAGCCUCAAGUUGAUGCAAUACUGCAUAGAGCUGGAGGUGAGCCUUGCAUCGCUCGGAAACCAUGGCGCCCUCACAAAUGCUCGACGACUAUAUGAUUCAGUGGUCGACAUGUAUCCCCAGGAAAGGGAAGUGUGGAGGAGCUACUAUAGCCUGGAGCUCAAGAUGGGAACAUCAGAGUCUGUCAACGCCGUGUACGCGCGUGCUCGCAAGGUGCUCGGUGACUCCACUGUUCAUGCUUACCCCAGAGCUUAAUUGUUUGGGUCAGCUCUCUCUGUGAGCAUGCUUAGUUUGGGCCAGCAAGUAAUUAAGCUGACACGUCGAAAUUUUGGCUCUAAAUCAGUGUGGAUGGUAAUUUGUGACUUGCAAUACGCUGACAAUCUCCUAGACAUCAAUAUGAACAUCCAAAAUUCUUUCUUA